AUGGCUAAUAAAAGUCUUGAGUUAGUGACAAAAGCUUUCAAAUCAUUCGAUAGAUUUUCUGGAUUCACUCGCGAUUGCCGCGUAAUAUCGGUAAAUGACGGAAUUGUAAAACUUGAAAUGGAUGUAACAAAGGCGCAUUUAAACUCAUCAGGACAAUUACAUGAGGGUUGCUUAGCUGCACUUGUUGAUAUGGUCACAUCGGUUGCAAUAAGAACCAGUAAAAUUGGUGAGAUGGGCGUUUCAAUCAACUUAAAUAUGUCGUAUCCAAAUUGCGCCAAACUUAGCGAUACAAUUCUUAUAAAUGGUACUUUAUUGCAUUGUACCAAUAAAUUGGCUCAUACUCGUGCUGAAAUUCGACGAAAAAGCGAUAAUUUACUAAUUGCUUAUGGACAGCAUACGAAAGCUUUCCCUAAAAAAUCUCAAUGA